GUAAGAAGGAUCAUACGGACCGUAUGGGCCUCAAUACCGCCCCUAUGAUUCAAGCAACUAGGCGAGUGGGUUGAGGGCGCGAUGGGCGCUAUCAAAAACUAUGUCAGCGCUGCUAAAUUCACAUAAGGACACGCAGCACAUUACCGAAUCUUGCGCUGUAUGCCAAUUUUCCCCCACGCAGGCGACAUUGACAAUGACGGAGACCGGUCGGACGUCCAUUCAGCGAGUCUAUGACCCUGGCCGAUAGAUGGCACUGCUGCAGCCUCAGCCGUAUAAAGCCGAUGUGCGGUGAUCCACUCGACAUUCAGAGCACAGUCAGCCACCUAAAACAAUCACCAGACAUGAACACCAUCAUCGUUGCCUGCCUUGUGGCUGUGGCCGCGGCCGCUCCCCAAAUAAGCAACCAGCCCGACCAGUACUCGGGUAACCCCCAGCCGCUGAUCAACAUUCUUAGCCAGAGCUUCGAGCAGGACCCCAACACCGGCAACUACAAGCACAGCUAUCAGCAGGACAACGGACAGGCCGUCGCCGAGGAGGGCAGCGUGUACCCGGGCCCGCAGCCGGAUACGGGCAGCAUCACCCAGCAGGGCAACUUCCAGUUUGUCGGUGACGACGGCAACACCUACCAGAUCUCGUACGUGGCCAGCGAGGGUGGUUUCCAGCCGCGAGGUGCCCACCUGCCCGUGGCGCCGGCUCAGAUUCCCGAGUAUGCCCAGCUGCGUCAGGAGCACCCGGAGCUCUUCUGGGCCGAGGGACAGCAGCCGCAGCAGCCCACCUACGUCUAGUGGCGCAAAAUGUGUCUAAAUAAUUGUUUUGUGAUGUGAAAUAUAUGGAGAAGUAAAA